AUGGCUUGGGAGUUCGGCUCGUACCUCGGGAAAGCGCUCGUACCUCGGGUCUUACCAGUUGAGUCAGGAAUUCUCAAUAUGGUCAAAAGACGAGAUAAGGAUAAGGAGUGGAAAUCGGGGAUGAGGAGUACGGGGGACUGUAAAUCCCUUUCCCAGUUGACGACGCUUGUUACCUCGUUUAAAGCGUUUUCCGUCUGGCUUGGCUGGUCGAUCGAAGCGCCGUUUGGGAACGGCUAUCUGUUCGGGUUAGGAAUUGAUGCUUUCAGGAUUCUGGGACAACAGUCACUCCAGCCAACUUUUAGUGGGAACUGGGACCUGUCAAACCAAAGGGUCGAUUACAUUGAGCUCGAAAGGAAGUUAAAGUUCAAAAGGGCGGGGUUCGGGAAUAGCAGGACGACAGCCUUGCAUUUCCGUUUGGAUCCCCAGCUUUUCUCAUUGGUAGAUCCGGGACCCAUGGCGAGGAGAGAACCCUAUAGAAGAAAGAAGAGACAAUUACAUCGAACCUGGGCCCAGAACGCUAAAGGGGAGAAAGAAACCGAACCUCUAAUCGACCGUCACACAUAA